AUGAGCAGAAAGCUGGGGCCGAGGUCGCGGCGGAGGGCUGGCAGGCAGCGGCGGGGGCCGCGAGCGGGGAGCGCGGCGUGGAGGUGCUUGCAGACGCGGGCGGCGGCGAGUCCGGAGCCCCCCAGCCGGGAGCCGAGCUAACCGCGGUGGCGACGGGGGCCCAGCGCCGCGGCGGCUGCGGCGGGAAGACGAUGGCCGCGCCCGCCGGGGCUGGGGCACUGAUUGCAUCCCCAGACCGCAGGCUCUGGCUGUGGUCGGUGCUGGCGGCGGCGCUCGGGCUCUUGACUGCUCGUGUAUCAGCCUUGGAGGUGUAUACACCAAAAGAAAUCUUCGUGGCAAAUGGGACACAGGGGAAGCUGACAUGCAAGUUCAAGUCUACUAACACGACUGGCACGUUGACCUCAGUCUCCUGGAGCUUCCAGCCAGAGGGGACCGACACCACUGUGUCGUUUUUCCACUACUCCCAAGGGCAAGUGUAUGCCGGAAAUUAUCCACCGUUUAAGGACAGAAUCAGCUGGGCUGGAGACCUCGACAAGAAAGAUGCAUCAAUCAACAUAGAAAAUAUGCAGUUUAUACACAACGGCACCUACAUCUGUGAUGUCAAAAACCCUCCUGAUAUUGUUGUCCAGCCAGGACACAUUAGGCUUUAUGUUGUAGAGAAAGAGAGUUUGCCUGCGUUUCCAGUUUGGGUGGUGGUGGGUAUAGUUACUGCUGUGGUCCUAGGUCUCACUCUGCUUGUCACCAUGAUUCUGGCUGUCCUCUGUAGAAGGAAAAACUCUAAACGGGAUUACACUGGCUGCAAUACAUCAGAGAAUGUGUCACCGGUUAAGCAGGCUCCACGGAAGUCCCCCUCCGACACAGAGGGUCUAGUAAAGAGCCUGCCUUCUGGAUCUCACCAGGGCCCAGUCAUAUAUGCACAGCUAGACCACUCUGGCGGACAGCACAGCGACAAGAUUAACAAGUCAGAGUCUGUGGUGUACGCGGACAUCCGGAAAAACUGAGAGAAGACCCUGAUGACACCCCAAGCAAGAAACAAAUCCAAACUCUGGACUCUUGUGCAGAAAAUGUAGCCCAUAACCGUGUGUGGCCUUGGAAACCUGGACACGGACAAGCACAUGUUUAUUCAUAGAGGGAGAAAAAAAAGUGUAUAAAGGAUAUGUAUAAAUAUUCUAUUUAAUCUUCCUGAUGCAAGGAGCCAGUGUUGCAUGAUGAAGAGAUGGUAUGAUUCUACGUAUAUGUAAGUUGUCUUGCUGUUUUUGUAUUUCCUUCAGGGUCAUUUACAGUUGAGAAAAUUCAGACACAUUCCUGUCACCAUCAUUUAGAUGUGGUUUGCCUUAAUGGAGACGGUAGCAGAUCUUUCAGUAUUCUAACAGACCUGGCCUUUUCAUGUAAGGGCUUAACCCGCCUUCACGUUUAUUGUACUUUACAGUGGAGAUACUGUGAUGGAAGCAUGUUCAGGGUGGCCUUUGGCCCAGGGUGCACCGCCUGUUUGGUGGUUGUUUUUAGAAAGCAUCCGUUCGCUAUGCCACUUGAAGACAGUGUGAAAGUUUUUGUUGCUGUUUUUCUCUUUAAAAUACAGGCAGUUUUUUGCUUUCUGUGUUGUGUAGACUAUAACAUUACACCCUGUAAGCAAAUCAUCUUAAUUUGUGGAUUCAUCAUAGCAAGAUUAGCAAAGGAUCGAUAUCAGAAGUCACUUCCUUCCAGGUACUUUUAGAUCAAUACCAUAAUCAAUACAUAAUUGAAGUAGAGAACCCAGGCCUGGCUUGAGGAGUACUGUACCAUUUGGAGAGCAAAAGGUAUGUUAUAUUCUUUGCUGAAGUCUUUCCUACUUGUAAUAAGAGUCCCCAUACAGCCGAAGGAGCUAGUUUCACUUCCUUCUAAGUAGGCAGAAAUGGAAUAAUUAGAUUGGCAGUCUCCAAUAUCGCGGCGCUCUCUCUAGAGAAUUUCUGUAAGGCUUCAGUCAUGCUUCUUUAUAAAGCUGCAGCAGGGAGCAGCUCAGUCCUGGCUCCUGUGAUAGCUUCAUGAUGGCUCCAAGGCCUUUGAGGUUCAAGAAGGUCUGGUCUGGAUUUUUUAAAUCCGCAAACAAGGCUAGUACUUCUGCUUUGGGAAUUUCUUCUCUGUUCCUGGUUUUUUGUUCUUUGUUUCUCCCUUCCUCCCUUCCUUUUUUCCCCCACCCACAUUACACGGAAUGGAUAAGCAAGGAGAUGAAGAAAAAUCUAGGCAGUUUGGGCACCCUUCUCAAUUUAUUUCCUCCCGUUGGCUACCGCCCCUCCCCCGCCCAACCCCAUCUCAGACCUGUGUGUUUCAUGGUGGAAAUCAUUAAACACUUACAUUGUCAUUUCCCCAUUUUCUGGAUUUUGUUUUAAAAGAAUUUUUUUCAUUUAAAAUUGAAAGCCCACAGUUACAGGAAGAAUACCGAUAAUUCGGUCCCAGAACGUGUUUGGGUAAGUGGGGAUGACGGGUAAUACUAGUUUUUCUCUCAUUUCCUUGAGGUCCCCUAAGAGCUGCCCCCCCCCCCCCCCCCCCCCCGUCAUCUUUGUGAGGGAGUUUGAAGGCUGAGUUCUAAGGGAAUAAAGAAGGAUUUCGAUUUAAAAGUGUGCAGGAGGUGGUUGCAUAGAGAAAGGGUGUAUGAGCUACAAAACAAACUCCGCCCCAUACCAUGUGGUCUUUCAUUUUCUGAGGGACUGUUUGUUGUUAUUCCCGGGAUGCUCCAAGUUACAUUCCGUUGCUAUGUAGGUAAGCAGGGACCGGCUUCUGUCAUCACACCCACCUGCCAUCUCUGAAGCUGCUGCAGCUGGGCUGUGCUGCGUGUGGGAGGAAACCCUGCUAGCUCUGCUGCGCCUCCCUCUUCUGUGCUCACGGGCCCCGCGCAGGAGAGGGCCGCGAGCACGUAACCGAGACAGUUCUGCAAAGUGGUCAGCUUUGCCUUGCACCCUGAGGCUUCUCUGCCUCCAUGGUGAAAACUGCUGGAGCCUUUAGGAGACUUUUCUGUGUGUUGGGAAGUGGAGGCAGGGGUGUGGGGUGGGCGGAGGAUGGUACCAUUUUUCAGGCUGAUGCCAGGAUGACGAUACUCUUGGUAAGCCCUCUCACUGUGAGAAGUGUACAGCCAUCCAGGACUUCAGGGAGAGGGAAGACACGCUGUGGCGAGACCAAGUGUGUGCAUUAAUAUGUGUGAUUUCCUCACAGUCAUUUUUUACAGAGAAAAGGGGAUUCUCCUUAUCUUCUGUUCACAACAGGUCCGAUGAAACUACUGUACAUACAUUCCUGAUAGCAAGAGCCCAAAUUUUCUCUGCAUGUUUCCGAAGCUGCCACUCAGAGCAUCAGCCCCCAUUUCAGCUAACCAUGGCAGUGGGUCUUCCCUCCCCUGCCUCCCCCAUGAGCCCGAUCCACCCUCCUCCGUGGGGCAAGGGUGGUCAGCUACCAGCCACCCGCUCUGGAUCUGUGACUCAGUUGUCUGAGGGAAGCUGCUCACACUUAGGUGGAGCACCUCAGGGUUGGGGCUUUUUCUGAAACUCCUCACACCACCUCCUGUGGAUCUUUUGACCCUUUCUCCUGUGUCCCUGCAGCCUCAUCUUCCCUGGACACAGAUGACAACAGUGGGUUUGCUUCCAAAUGACAGGGCUGUCCUUUCCAUGUCUGAUUUUUGGCAGAAUGAGACCUCUUAAAACUGCACGUGAUUUUUUUCUAAGGGGGCAUCUAAAAGGGAUUAUUUGAGAUUAAAAUUUCAAGCUAUCUGUAGUUUUUCAGUGGAAGUGUAUUCAGCUAGGUAAAAAAAAAAAACCAUCACGAACAUGUUAAUUUUUCUUUUUCAAUUGUACUUCUGUGAAUAUUUUAAUACAUGUUUUUCAAUUA